UCAACUUGAUAGGCUAAAAAGGACGUUGCCGGUAAGCCCAGUUCCAGCUCUGGUGGAAAGAAGGCCAAGAAGAAGUGGUCUGCUAAGAAGGUCAAGGACAAGGCCAACAACUUGGUCAUGCUUGACAAGCCUACUUAUGACCGUUUGUUCAAGGAAGUUCCUACCUACAAGCUCAUCUCUCAAUCCGUCUUGGUUGAUCGUCUCAAGUUGAACGGUUCUUUGGCCCGUAUUGCCAUCCGUGAACUCGAAGCUCAAGGUUUGAUCAAGCCUAUCUCUCGCCACCAUGCUCAAAUCAUCUACACCCGUGCUACUGGUGAUGAAAAGAAGGCUGCUGACGAUGAGGAAUAAACUAAUUCUUAUUUUAUUCCAAUAAAUUAUAUAUACAUAUUUUAAG